UGCUGCUUGUUGUCGUCCGGUGUCUGAGGAAAGGGUCGCCCGCCCGCUCGCUCGCCUGCCCGCCCGCCCGCCCGGGGAAAUCCAGGUCUCGACCAGCCGCUCGCUCCGUCCCGAUUAGUCGGGGACAUGUCGAGGUGGGCGGAGGCCCGGUGGGCCGGUGUGAGACGGCGGACGGCGGCCGAGGCACACGCGCCCUCCUCGAGCUUUCCCCGGCGAAGCUUCCCUUUACAAACGCCCCGGGACUGAAGGAGCUGUCACCGUGAGGACCCCCGCCGGGACCGAGUGCAGGAGACACGAGCAGACACUCCAGUCACAAACCUUUUAGCGGAGCGUCUGUGCCUUCGCCCACCCUGCCCGCUGCAGACUCUGCUGCUCUCUCCCUCUGCUCGGAACAAGAAGAGUCGUCUCUCUCGGAACGGCUUGUUAGAGAAAGCUUCAGAGAGGAGAACUCCUGCCUCCUGCUUCAGAGCCUCUCUGUCACCACGGACAUACAAACUCUGCAGCAGCUGUUGCACAGUGAAUUGCUCCAGAGCCAGAAGCAAAGACAAUGAAGCUGUUGGAGAACUCAAGUUUUGAAGCAAUAAACUCCCAGCUAACUGUGGAGACUGGAGAUGCUCACAUCAUUGGCCGGAUUGAAAGUUACUCGUGCAAGAUGGCUGGUGAUGACAAACACAUGUUCAAGCAGUUCUGCCAGGAGGGCCAGCCGCAUGUCCUGGAGGCUCUGUCGCCUCCUCAGACCACAGGGAUCAGCCCCAGCAGGCUCAGUAAGAGUCAGAGUGGUGAUGAAGAGGGACCCCUGAGUGACAAGUGUAGUCGCAAGACCCUCUUCUAUCUGAUUGCAACGCUCAACGAGUCCUUCCGCCCAGACUAUGACUUCAGUGCUGCCAAGAGCCAUGAGUUCAGCCGGGAGCCGAGCCUCAACUGGGUGGUGAAUGCUGUCAACUGCAGCCUCUUCUCUGCAGUUCGUGAAGAUUUCAAUGCCCUGAAGCCACACCUGUGGGAUGCUGUGGAUGAAGAGAUUUGUCUCUCAGAGUGUGACAUCUACAGCUACAAUCCAGACCUGGAUUCAGACCCCUUUGGAGAGGAUGGCAGCCUCUGGUCCUUCAACUACUUCUUCUACAACAAGAGGCUGAAGAGGAUUGUCUUUUUUACCUGUCGUUCCAUCAGUGGGUACACAUACACACGCUCAGAAGCUGGAAAUGAGCUGGAUAUGGAGCUUGGUGAAGAGGACGUAGAGGAGAACAGGGAUGCCUGUGACAACGAAAGCGGCAGCAUAGAGGAGGACAGGUUGCAAGUUAUUUGCAUGUGAGUUUCCAGAGCUGCUCCAAGAUGCCUCAUGACCCUGCUGAAUCACCUUCCUGCCUGUGUCCCGAGGAUGAGGCAGCCCUGAGCUCCCUGAACUGCCCCUGCCUAGCAGCUGUAGCAUUGCUGUACUCGUACAUACACUGGAGUACCCCAGGCAUCUUGGAGCACAACGUACUGAAAGCAGCUGCGGCUUCCUGGCUGAAGACACGUCCUCUAGCUCUAGGUGCUGCCAGCAAACGUCCCCUCCUCCGGGACGCUCUCCAUGUGCUGCCGUCCGCGGCUGCUGGGACUCUGGCUGGACAGCUGUGUAGGAGCUCCGAGAAGCUUUGCUGCACUUUAUCGCUGAUCUUAUUGGCUGCACUGACCUGCAAACUCCUCGUGGCUCUGAAGCAGGGCUGGAUUUUCCUCAAGCACUUUUCUUUACUGGUUGUGACAUAGCAAACUCCGUCCAUCCAUAGCACCAGCAGCAGCAAGGGGUGCAGGGAGAGCCCUUGCUAUGCCUCUGCCUGGACCUCCUCCUCAAGAAGUGUUGUUGAACUCCCCGUGAACUGUCUGUAGCCUGUUCCCUGGAGAAGUGUCCAUUUGUUUCAAAUAGGUUUGCUUUGUUCCUGCCUGCCUGUGGUGAUUUUCUCUGGUGUGUUUUUUUUUAACUUUAUUUUUUUAAUUUUUUUUCUUUUUGUAUCUUCCCUGGGGGUAUCAGCUUCCUGCACUGGUCCUGAGCAAUUCCUGUGGUCAAACAGGUCCCAAGAUGCAACCCCUGUGGGUAAAAGCUGGAUUGUUUAUUUCAUUCUCGAGCUUUCAUGUUUUUUAAACCACAGACAACUUUUGACAAAGCCAGAGAGGGGCUGGAGCACAGCGACGGUGCAGGUCGGCGUGCCGGGCAGCGGCUGCAGUGCUGGGAUCCUGCUCAACCCAGGCCUAGGGCUGCAGAGUUUAUUUUUGUAUUCUGGGUGAGCUGGGACUCGUGGCGGGAGCUGCAUGCUGCCGGCUCGGACUCACACUCUGGUUUAGUCACAUCUUCCCCCUCAUUUCCUCCCUCCUCCUCACCCAGCCUCUGCAAGAGGCAAGUCCCCCUCUCCGCCCAGGCUCCCGGUGUUUCGCAGGGCCAAGUGUUCCCUCCUCCUCCCUUACGGCAGGUGCCAGGUCGGGGCAGUGAGAGCCCAGCCGGCUCCAGAGCGGCUGGGACGCGUAUGAACCAGAGAGCAGAGGUAGCGGCGUGGGGGGGCAGGUGCUGCCAGGCUCCCUGCGGGGCUGCCCGGGGCUCCCUGGCCCCAGGGGGGAGAGCCCUGCCCGGGGCACGGCCGGCUCCUGGCCGCCAGUGCGGCCCCUUCCCCCUGGCGUGAGACCCUCUCCCUUCCCGGGGGCUGCGGGGCCGGGGCCGCGCUGGGAGCUGAGCUGUGCCUGCCCGCCGAGGCUGGCCGGGAAGGCAGAGCUCGCGGAGGCGAGCGGCACCGGGGCGAGGAGCCUCCGGCUGCGCCGGCAGGGUCGCGGGGUGCAGGCGCCGGUUCACCUUCCCUGCUCCUUCCUCUCCUAGUAACUUUUCGAAGCUUGUUUCUAAGUUGGAGUUUGUUUCCUUGUCCUUAAGGAUGAGUUUGAGCCUCAGCUCCCCGGGGCGGGGUUCGCCGUCGGCUCCUGGCCGUGUCCUACCUGGCUCUCCCACCGUAGCUCGGGACAGAAAAGGGGCAGGAGCCCAGGGGCUGGCAGGGGGAGGGACCCGCUCUGAGGGCGGCAGUGCAGCGGGAACCCUGCGUCUGCCGGCUCCCGCUGCCGUGGGCUCAGCCCGCGCAGGCCCGGAGCCCGCGGCGCUGCCGAGCGCGGCGUGGGGCUGGGGAGGGCUGGGCGCCCUGGGAGCGGGGCCCGGCCCGCAGGCUGCAGGGUAGCACGGGGGGACGAGGUCUCUCUCACCUUCCUCUUCCCUGGCCCAGGCUCCCAGGCCCCGGCACGGCCGCUGCCGGGGGUGGGAGCAGGUUUUGGCCCUGUCCCGUCCCUUCCGUCCUUCAUCCCUCUACUUGCGUGCUGCUGUGGCUGGCUUCAUGGUUUAACUCCCCGUCAUGGAAAUUUGACUUUACUGCAUAGCAAUGUAUCAUUACACCAAUAAAGUUUUUCUGUGA